AUCCGUCUCUUACUGUCUGCGUCAGCACUGAUCGCGGCCGUUCUACUUUUACACCACGUGCACGGAGCCGAGUGUUUCUGGAGGUUGAAGGAAAAGUGAUCUGCGAAAAUGGGGAAAAAACUUAAAGUAGGAAAAGCUCGGAAGGAUAAGUUCUACCAUUUGGCCAAGGAGACGGGUUACCGCUCUCGUUCUUCCUUUAAACUAAUUCAGCUGAAUCGCAAGUUUCAGUUUCUGCAGAAAGCACGAGCUCUGGUGGAUCUAUGUGCAGCACCUGGAGGCUGGCUCCAAGUGGCUUCCAAAUUCAUGCCUGUAUCCAGUCUCAUUGUUGGAGUGGAUCUGGUCCCCAUCAAGCCAGUUCCUGGUGUGAUCACAUUGCAAGAAGACAUCACAACAGAGAAGUGUAGACAGGCCUUAAUUAAAGAGUUGAAGACUUGGAAAGUUGAUGUUGUUCUGAACGAUGGAGCUCCCAAUGUUGGAGCAAGCUGGCAGCAUGAUGCUUAUUCACAAGCUCAUCUUUCCCUCAUGGCUUUGAAGUUAUCCUGCGAGUUUCUCUCUAAAGGUGGCUGGUUCAUUACAAAGGUUUUUCGUUCAAAAGACUACCAGCCUUUGUUUUGGAUCUUUCAACAGUUUUUUAAGAAGGUUCAGGCCACCAAGCCACAAGCAUCCAGAAAUGAAUCUGCAGAAAUCUUCGUUGUCUGUCAAGGUUACCUUGCUCCAGAUAAAAUUGACAGUAAGUUUUUCGAUCCCAAGCAUGCCUUCAAGGAAGUGGAAGUACAGGUGAAAACUGUCAGGGAAUUAGUACCUGUCCGCAAACCAAAGGCAGAGGGCUAUGCUGAUGGUGACUUCACGCUUUAUCAUCGUUUCACUGUUGCAGAGUUUAUCAAAUCAGAAAAUGCAGUGGAGUUUUUAGCCAAAGCAAGCGAGAUCACAUUUGAUGAUGAGCAAUUGGAGAACCACCCUGCCACCACGCAGGAGGUGAAGGAAUGCUGUCGUGAUAUCAAGGUCCUUGGUCGUAAAGAACUUAGAGCUCUUUUAAGUUGGCGGACAAAACUGCGCAAGUUCAUUGCAAAGAGGGUUAAGGAAAAAGCAAAUGAAAUGGAAAAUGAAAUUCGACUGAGCUCUAGUGAGGGAGACAAGAAGCAAGCAAUACCAGGUGACGAUGACGAGGAAAUGGAGAAGAAGCUGGCAGAACUGAAGGCAGAAGAAGUUGCAGAGUUGCGCCGGAAAAAGAAAAAAAUUCUGAAAGAACGAAGGAAACUGCGGGAGCGCAUUGAACUCAAGAUGGACUUGCCUGGAGUAUCUAUUGCAGACAGUACAGACACUGGGAUGUUCUCUCUAAAGACUAUUUCUCAAAGCAAGGUCCUUGGUGAAAUCUCACGUGGGGACAUGAGUGUUGCUGAUUGUUUGCUGGAGGAAGGUGGGCAAGAAGAGGAUGAUAUCUACCUAUCUGACCAAGAUGAGUCUGACCAGGUUUCUGUUGCCAGUGACCUUGACUCUGAUGACCUGGAAGAAAUUAAUGAGCGCCAGAAUCAGCUGAAUCAGCGUAAAAAUGCCUCUAAAAGAGUGACUUUUACUGAGAAAGAUAAUGAGAUGCCAGAGGGCAACAGCAAUGAGCUGCUAGUGGAGCUGGAGGAUAAACAGCAAAAGCUUGACCAUCAGACCAGCCUGUGGUUUGAGAAGGAUGUUUUUGCAGAACUUGAUUUAGAUGCUGAUGAGGACAUAGAAAUUGAUCAGACUAAAAAGCUUUAUAGUGAACAAACAACUGAAAAAGGCACUCAAAAGGCCCAAAAAAAUACUCUGUCUACUCAUCAAGAGGUGAAACCUGCAGAUGUUCCACAGGAAAAAGGUGGCCAAAAGAAGACUGAAAAUGACAGCAAUGAUGAUAAAGAUUCUGACAGCAGCAGCAGCAGUGAUGAUGAGCAGGAGAUUCAAGACAUGAAGAGUAGAAAGCCACUUCAAGGGCAGAAACGAAGCAAUGAGGAGGAGCAGGAUUUCCAGGUGGUCCCCAUUGAGAACAUUAAUAAAAAGGCCAGAAUUCUGGAUGCUGAGGGACUUGCUCUGGGAUCAAUGCUAGCUGCAUCAAAGAAGAAGCAGCGAGAUCUUAUAGAUGAUUCAUUUAACAGAUAUGCUUUCAAUGAGGAGGAGUAUGAAGCUCCUGAGUGGUUUGUUAAUGAUGAAAGGAAGCACAGAAGCAAGCCCAUCCCCCUAACUCGUGAAAUGGUGGAAGAAUACAAGCAACGCUGGAAGGAAAUUAAUGCCCGACCUAUCAAGAAAGUGGCAGAAGCCAAAGCUCGCAAAAAGAGGAGGAUGCUCAAAAAGAUGGAACAGGCAAAGAAGAAAGCAGAAGCUGUAGUGAAUACGGUGGAUAUUUCAGAGCGUGAAAAGGUGGCACAGCUAAAAAGCAUUUACAAGAAGGCAGGUAUUGGUAAAGAGAAGCGUGAGAUCACAUAUGUUGUAGCUAAACGGGGAGCUGGACCAAAGGUACGAAGGCCUGCUGGAGUGAAAGGACAGUUCAAAGUGGUUGAUAGGAGACUGAAAAAGGACACAAGAGGAAUGAAGGGAAAAACACAACAGAAGGGCAGUGGAAAGAAAAGAAAAUAGCCACUCUGUGGGUCAUACCUUCCAACAGGAUACAAGACUGUCAUUGCUUUUGUUUUCAACAGCGUCCUGAAAGAAAAUGCUCAUGUGAUGAUAUUUUUAAAUACUGUUUGCGUUUGUUAUUAAAUGCAGUACUCGUGGAGCAUUGAAUUGCUCUUUUGGCUUAAUUAUUAUAAAGAUAAUGGGGAAAUGUACAGUACCUGUCUGCCAGCCAGUCAUGUCUUCUGUAGCAGAAGAGGAAAAGUGCAGUUUACAACUAAGCAACCGGUAGAAGCAUGAAGAUACUAUGAUUUUCCCAAUUUCUGGACUCCUUGGAUGCCAGUCUUAAAUGGUGGCAUUUCAUUGAUAAUUAAGUGCCUCUGGUUAUAUUAAUCCUUUUAUUAUGAGUGACAAUGAAGUGUAGGGGCAGUGAUUCAGACCUUUUUUGGUUUUAAGAAUUGACCAUUAGGUAAUGGUGUAGUGUCUGAAUUGCAUGUUUCUCAGGAUUAAAUAUUUAGUGAAAAUGUACAUGGUAUCCAAAUAAGUAAAGAGAAUUCACUCGGCUAACCUGCUU